AUGGACCUGUACGGCCCGGACUACACAUGCAUCAUCGGAGAGAGCACCGAUGAUGGUGCCUUCAUCAACACCACCAUCACGAAUCGACGUCUUGUGCCCCCUGCCCCAGCCCAACGUAGUCAAUCGGCCAUCAAGUCUGUCUUCCCAGUCAAGUGGAAAAUUCAGAUGACCCCCUUCGCCGAUAGCUUCGUGGGAGCCUACGAAGACUCUGAAGGCGUGAUUUACGCCGUCAAGGGGUCGCUUCGUCUGGAAGAGAGCGCCGAUGAAUCCGUCGUUGCUGCUAGCAUGACUGAGGACCUCAGCGUUGUCGAAGGCACCGAGAAGUCGUUUUCUGCCAUGUCCGUCGCAGAGGCACCGUCUUUUAUUAUGGCUGCUGCUGCUGAUGCACCCCCCAAAGCCAAGCUGGCCGUCCAUCAACUUAUGACCUUUGACCCCAUGGUACAGGACAAGGAGGAUCCUUCUGGCUACCGCGACUCUGUGGCAACGGUGGCUAUGAAGGACUUUCAGAACAUCAUCAUCUAUCACAUGGACGAGGAUCUGAGGACUACCUUCAUCAGCGCUUCUCAAGUACACCUUGAGCCUGAGGUGCUGGCAGUCGCCAAUGACGAUCCGGGCAAUGCAGCGUGGUACAAAACGCUCCAGGUUCCCCUUAUCACGUCUGUGCUUGCACAAGGCACUACCGAAUGGGGCAAACACUGCAACGGAGCUCGCGCAGCUGCACGGCUCAAGUCGAUCCCCGCCGAGAGUGAGGUCUACAAGCGGCACUCGGCCAAGCUCUAUCGGUACCGCUAUUUCGAGAAGUUUCCCGCCAUGAAAGAGUUCCUGUCUGAUCAACGCAAUGGGGGCCACAAGGAAGACUUGAAGAAGUUUGCCGACAGAAUGAAGGAGCAGUUCAAAGCCAAGACAUCGGGACUCGGCGCCGGCAAUCCUGACUUUGAAAAGAACCUCGCAAGCGCCCUUGCUGAGAUCGACAACUUGGCCAAAUGGGCGCGCGACAAGAACUUGUAUUGGGCUAUGCAGCUUCUGUACUGGGUCCAGAACUCGGCCGUCAAGAUGUGGUACGGCCAGUACAUGUCUGGCAGUGUGUCGAGCUCCGUGGCCAUGCGGUUGAAGCAGUUGAACACGCUGUUUGGCAUUCUUGAGGACAACGCCAACAACACGAAGCCUGGAGGCAAGAGCUUUAUGCAAGCCUUCAAUGAAGAAGUCAGGCUGUACCAGAUGACGGCAAUCAUCCCGCAGAUGGUCGACCUGACUGGCAACACAAAGCAGGACAUUGACGACUUGGUAAAGGAGUGUCUGGAUCAGUACAUCAAGCAGUACCAGAAUAUCGACAUGGAGGCGCACAAGGAGGCCAUCGAGGCCGCGCUGCUGCUCUAUCAACAGGACGAACUGCGCCGCAAGGUUUUCAAGAUGUUGUUUGCGCUUUCCCGCACGAGUAGCACCUUGGGCUCAUGGGGUGCCACGAUUGAGUUAUGGCAUCGUGAACUGUACAACAGGCCAUGGUUUCAGAAUGUUGCCAAAAUUGCCAAUUCGGUCCGGGUGCUUACCGUCCUCACCAGUGUUGUCGUACUCGUCCAGCCUCUUUUGACUGGCGAAUGGAGGAGCAUGUCGCCAGAGCAGAAGGUGAAGUGGGGAUUGUAA